AUGCCGCCUAAGUUCGACCCCUCGGAGGUUAAGAUCAUCUACCUCCGUGCCACUGGUGGUGAGGUUGGUGCCUCCUCGGCUCUUGCCCCCAAGAUCGGUCCCCUUGGUCUCUCCCCCAAGAAGGUUGGAGAGGACAUUGCCAAGGCCACUGGCGACUGGAAGGGACUCCGUGUCACCGUCCAGCUCACCAUCCAGAACCGUCAGGCCACCGUCUCGGUCGUCCCCUCGGCUUCCUCCCUUGUCAUCAAGGCCCUCAAGGAGCCUGUCCGUGACCGCAAGAAGGAGAAGAACAUCCAGCACACUGGAAACGUUGCCCUCGACGAGAUCUACAACAUUGCCCGCAAGAUGGCCCACAAGUCCAUGGCCAAGAACCUCGCUGGUGGUGUUAAGGAGAUCCUCGGUACCGCUCAGUCCGUCGGCUGCACCGUCGACGGCCGUCCCCCUCACGACGUCAUUGAGGCCAUCGACGCCGGUGAGAUCGUUGUGCCCGACGAGUAA